AUGUCGGGACGGAACUUGCGGAUGAGGCAAGAACGAGACUCUACAACCGUUAAGUUCGUGAUGGAUUGUGGCAUUGUUGAGAUCAACGGCGCGAGCUUCGGCAUAGCAGUGUCGCGAGACGAGAGGGAGAAAGAGUCGGCGAGGAGAGAGAAGGCGUUCGCGACGAGCGGCUGCGUGUAA